AUGGAGGAUUUUAAUACGGAAGCGUUGUCUUCCACUAGUAGCUCGGUGUAUGAGCUAUCGGGAUCUGAGCACAUGGAGCGUUCCGAGUCUUUGCAGCCCAAGCAACCAAUCUUACACGAUAGCUUAUACUGCAGGGAUAACCCAAGGGAGACUUUUACGAUAAAGGACGACCCAAACAAGCCAAGCCAGCAUCGCGCUCUCUAUAACGCCGCGGGCAAGUCACCCACCACAGACGACUUGUUUCGAAGCUUAUCGAACAAAAAUCUAAAGAGUGUCAAAUCGCAUGCCCAACUAGCAAAAACGGCCCACGGUGUCCGAAUCCUUGCCAGAAACUUAGAUAGGGCCACGAUACAUUUGCAACUGCGCUCAGUUAUGCUAAUCACCAAGGCAAGAGAUAACUCGCUUGUUUAUCUCACCAAAGAGGUUGCUGAAUGGCUUCUUACAAUCAAUGAUCAGACCCAAGUCUACGUGGAUUAUCAUCUGGAAAAGUCCAAGCGGUUUGACGCAAACGGCCUGAUCCAUGAUAACCCCUCCGCCAAAGGCCGUCUGAAGUACUGGACCAAGAAACUUAUCAGAGAUAAUCCCGAUAUCUUCGACCUGGUGAUCACUUUGGGCGGCGACGGUACCGUCCUCUACGCUUCUACCCUAUUCCAAAGGGUUGUUCCUCCGGUGAUGGCAUUUUCUCUGGGCUCGUUGGGCUUCCUUACGACCUUCCCGUUUGAGAACUUUCGGAGCAUCCUGGCAAAUGUGAUCAAAAACGGAGUUCGCACAAACUUGAGAAUGCGUUUCACUUGCCGUGUUCACACUGCUGAAGGGGACUUGAUUUGCGAGCAGCAAGUCUUGAACGAGCUUACGGUUGACAGAGGGCCUUCUCCGUGGGUCUCAAUGCUGGAGCUGUAUGGUGAUGGGUCGCUACUUACUGUUGCCCAGGCAGACGGGCUCAUUAUUGCUACCCCUACUGGGUCGACUGCCUAUUCGCUAAGUGCAGGAGGCUCGUUGGUGCAUCCUGGCGUCAGUGCCAUCAGCGUGACGCCUAUUUGCCCGCACACGCUCUCCUUCCGUCCGAUUUUGCUGCCAGAUACCAUGUCUCUGAAGGUGAAGGUGCCUAUUCGAUCAAGAGCCACUGCUUGGGCUUCGUUUGACGGACGUUCCAGAGUUGAGCUACUCAAAGGGUACUACGUCACCGUAUGCGCGUCACCCUUCCCCUUCCCGACUGUGAGGUCUUCCAAGACAGAGUACAUCGAUAGCGUGAGCAGGGUGCUCAAUUGGAAUAACAGAGAAGAGCAGAAAUCUUUCAUUCAUCUGCUAAGUGACAAAAAUAAAAAAUCCUACAACACCUAUCACAGAAGACACGGUUCGUCUCCAGAGAGCGAUCUUGAGGACGAGGACAGCCUGGAUAUGAACUACGUUAAGCCGUCGAACGAGAAAAAUGAAAAGCAGCAUGGGCGCCACGAGUCCGCUUCAUCAAAAGCGCGCUUCAUGAUAAAUGGCGAGCAUCUGGACGAGGUGGCGAGCAAGUGUGGUAUUACAAAGCCCUCGAAGCUGAAAAAUGUCAUCAAACCAGAAGAUUUCAACGAGACUCUGGAGGAAGAUAUAAACGAGAGAGAAAAACAGGAUUUGCAGGACGAGCUUGCAGGAAAAUUCGAGAUCGACUACAACGACGACAGUGAGGACCAGGAGCCAACUAAUCAUGUGAGCGGCGCAACAAAGGGCGGAGAUAAAAGUCCGAAGACCAAGUCGCGUCUGGUCCAGACCAGAACGCGUAGAACUGUUGCAAACGAGAACAUGAGCGACUCCACGGUUGAUAUCGACGACGAGGACGAUUCCCAAAAUAAUUACUUCCGGCCGCGCGCUGGCGAGGAAAUUGAGACUCCGGUGAACCAUUCGCCGGGCCUGGAGCCGAGCAUUGACCAGGUGGUGUCGAGCCAUCUGUUCGACGAGGAUCUGAGAGGCAAGCUAUUCCGGCUGAAUGUGUAA